CACGCACAAAGCUCGCUCGCCUCGAGCGCACUAACGUGGCCGUUUUCUUUGUGUGGAGCCCUCGAGGGGGGUUGGGGCCCGGGUCCGGUCCGGGGGAGAUGGCGCAGCCCAUCCUGGGCCAUGGGAACUUGCAGCCCGCCUCGGCCGCUGGCCUGGCGUCCCUGGAGCUGGACUCGUCGCUGGACCAGUACGUGCAGAUUCGCAUCUUCAAAAUCAUCGUGAUUGGGGACUCCAACGUGGGCAAGACCUGCCUGACCUUCCGCUUCUGCGGGGGGACCUUCCCGGACAAGACUGAGGCCACCAUCGGCGUGGACUUCAGGGAGAAGACCGUGGAAAUCGAGGGCGAGAAGAUCAAGGUUCAGGUGUGGGACACCGCCGGUCAGGAACGCUUCCGAAAAAGCAUGGUCGAGCAUUACUACCGCAAUGUGCAUGCCGUGGUCUUUGUCUAUGACGUCACCAAGAUGACAUCCUUCACCAACCUCAAAAUGUGGAUCCAAGAAUGCAAUGGGCAUGCCGUGCCUCCACUAGUCCCGAAGGUGCUUGUGGGCAACAAGUGUGACUUGAGGGAACAGAUCCAGGUGCCCUCCAACUUAGCCCUGAAAUUUGCCGAUGCCCACAACAUGCUCUUAUUUGAGACAUCGGCCAAGGACCCCAAAGAGAGCCAGAACGUGGAGUCAAUUUUCAUGUGCCUGGCUUGCCGAUUGAAGGCUCAGAAAUCCCUGCUCUAUCGUGAUGCUGAGAGGCAGCAGGGGAAGGUGCAGAAACUGGAGUUCCCACAGGAAGCUAACAGUAAAACUUCCUGUCCCUGCUGAAACCAAACGGUGUAAAUACAAGAGCAAUUAUCACUGGAGGUUUUUUUCUUUCCCUUUUUUCCGUGCCUGUGUAACACUG